UCCGUGUCCGUGUCCGUGUCCGCCCGGGUUGUCGUCCGUGUGGCCGGGUUAUUAGUGCGGCGCGACUCGGCUGUUGCUGCUGGAGCCGGACCUCGAGCUGUCCGUGUGGAGUUUGCAGGUUCUCCCUGUGACCGCGUUGCUCCAGUUUCCUGGUGUGAAGGUUGCUACAAGGGAAAUUAAUGGCUCAGAAACAAGCAUUGCUGGCUGUUCAUCAAUCCCUGGAGAAAAGCUUCAAGGCCAUUGAGAAGCAACAAAGUUUGUGGGACAGUACGUUGUUGGAAUGCACUCAUCUCCUGAGCUCCUCGAGUAAUCUGGCCGAGCAACUCCGGGCAUGCAACAACGUUGACUUCAAGACGACACCCUUUCGAGAGUUUCCUGAUCUGAAACACCGCCUCAAGUACAAACUUACCCAGGCAAUGGAAAUCAAUUUGGAAAAACUUGAAGAGAUAAUGAACGUUCUACAGAGGGUGCGAGACACGACAAGUAACCAAGUGGCAACGUGCUUCCAAAUGUAUGAGCUACAUGCUGACACAAUUGGUUUAACUUCAGUACUUGAGCACUCCAGUCUCUACCCUUCUGUGGCAGAUAUGCUGGAAUGGCUUCAGGACAUCGAACGGUUUUACCAAAGCCAGUAUCUUGACAGGAAAAUUUUGCUUCAGAACAUCAACUGUGAUAAUCUGCAAAAUAUUCAAGCUCUCCCACAAUCCUGGAACAGAGUGUCAGAACAGAUGGAUCAAGACUUGAUUCAAGAGACUCUGCUCAGGGUGGCAUUCUUCCUGGAGUCUCGCCAAGGAUCCUAAUAGCUGCGCCUGUUCACUGGAACCCCUGGUUUAGUUUUCUCCUUAAUGCCAAAAGAAGUGCCUUGUCGUGUGCCGAAGCAAAAGGUGGCCGUCAGAUUGAUUUUUACAUGCUCUAUCUUAUCCCGAAUGAGGUUUAAUUGAGCCUCGACUGCAAGCAUAGUUUGUACUUUACCUUGCCUUGAGAAUCUGUUUGUCAUAUCCCUGUCUUAGUGUACCCCACUGUCUAGUACUUCCCCAUCUCCUAGUCCUGCAGCAACCACUAAGGCAAUGGGUAUACAUAUCAAUAAUGUCAUGUGGGUGGAGAUAUUUAAAAUGGCAAAUUGUUCUAGUCCUUGCUGCUCCACUGGCCAUGUAUUGCAAUUCAAAUGUCCACUGGAACAUAGAUUAAAGACCAAUUUACCCAGAAUAAAAAAAACAGCACGAAAGCCUUCAACAUCCAGCCAGCCAUUUCAGGAAGACUAACCACUGUCUAUACUGUAAGCACAAGCUCAUUAUCCAGAUUGAACAAUAUAAGGCAUUCAUCCAGUGUUUGGAAGAAGUUCCUCAUCAGUGGCAUCACAUCAGUCCCUGGCUACAACUUUCCUCAAAGAUGGUGGACAACCCUCAAAACAGAAUUUCCUCGGGUCAAGGGAAAAUGCGGCCACCUGCUCCACCAAUACUUGAGCCCAUGUGCAAAUGUGGUGGUAAUCUCAAACUCUGGAAUAGAUCCACCCACCCAGAAAGAUCUGGUUCAGGGCCCCCCCUUGUUUUCCACUGGGGCUCAAUCCUUCAGUCACGAGGAUUGGAAGGAGAAAGAGGAGUGCAGACCAUUGGCAGAAUGAAAGUUCCCGGUGGCCACCGCAGAGCUGUGCAAGAGUGGACCUGGCGGCUGCAGAAAAUGAAGACUCAGCGGGCCGUCUGUGGCCUUGUGCGGCGACUGGCCUAGGUUCGCUGCUGCAAAAAAGGGUUGCUGCCAGCAGGGGGAAGCUUAAAAGCCUUGAAGUCCAGAGGGUCGAGGAGGAAACUACUAGCGACAGCAGUAGGAGAGGGACUUCAAGGUAGGCAGCAGGAGGUGCCCCAGGGACACAGAGGCGGUCGGGCAAGGAGAGGGACUUCAGGUUGUGGGCCUGCAGCAGCCUGGAGCUGACCCGGAUCGGGGAACUCCAGUGCUCUCAACAUGUGGACUGGACUUUGUACUUUUUCUUUGUAAAGGGUGCCAGAAUAUGGUAAUUGUGUAUUUGUGGGUGGUGCAAAAGAAUUUCACUGUGCUGUGCAUAUGUGACAAUAAAGACCCAUUGGACAAUG